UUGGCUUUUUUAACUAUCGUUUUAUUCUUUGUUUCUUUAGUUACGGCGAAAAUAGUUGAACCUACGGGACGUAUUUCAUUAAACGCAGCGAAGAUUGAGUCAAGGGAUAUUGUGGAUUUAGCCAAAAAGGUUCAAGAAGCUCAUGAUUUUGUGCAAAACAGAGCUUACUCACGCCUCUCGACAAUUGCUGAACAAAUUCAGUUCUUGAAAUUGCAAGCUGAAAAAGUACUUGCGGACGCCGAAAGAGAUGAAGAAUUGCACAACGUACCCUGUAACUUUCAGAAGGUUCCUGGAAGCGUAUACUAUUUAUAUUUAAAUUCGAAUGGAAACCGAUUUUUUUCAAUGAUCUCCCCGAAGGAAUGGGGUUCACUUAGGGAGCAUGAGUAUCUUGGUGCUUUCAGAUUAGAAGCAGACAGGAGCUGGACUCCAGAAGAUGAGUUCGAAAGGCGGGCACAUGAAUUUAAUAUCUUGAAAGACGCCCUGCACGACAAACAUUUUGCUGCGAUUACAAGCUAA